GAUGACGCUUUCCCUUGAGUGAGGCCUUUGUGAAUUAUGGUAGUUUGUCCUUCCUCUUCAAUUUCUCUUCAUUUUCCUUUCCAUCGUCAACAAGGUCACAACAACAAAUAGGAACUGCGAUGAGGAAAGAGAAAAGGAAACCACUUCUACUUCACCUCCGCUACUCCUAGCAAGUUUUCACCAUCACCAACCUCCCCCCAAUCCAAACAUUUCUCUCUCUCUCUCUCUCUCUCUCUCUCUCUCUCUCUCUCAUCUGAUAUCGCUUUUCCUUUUAUUCCGUAUAGAGAGCCAGCCAGUCCAUGCUCUAUAUGUUCCAUCCAAUCCCACCACUAGCACCGACCUAGCCCCUCCUCAUGGCCCAUCUGGGGCUUUUCUUCUCUUUUUAAACCAACUUUCUUUUUCUUCAUAAUUUUCUUCCCUUUUUAUUACGUUUCUUAUUAGGUUUAUUGGGGGUUUAAUUUAAUCAAAUCACUGAGUGCCUCCUUAUUUAUUUCCUGCCAAAAUUGACCAUCCCCUGUUCCCUCGAAUCUCCUACAAACAUUCAAUGGAUCCCCAGUAUAUCUCCCACCAAAUCUAGGGUUUUUGCUAGGGUUUUUCUUUUAACUAUUGCCUUCCUCUCUCUAUUGGGUCGGCUUUACCAUCUCCUACUACUAUCAACUCUACUAGCCUCUCUAUUUCUGUCUUCUUUUCUCCUCUUUCUUUCCUUUCCGAGUCUUCCUCUGCCGCUAUCUGGCUAUCUGGGUUCUACUCUGUUUGGCUAAAAACAACUGUCAUUCAUGGCGUAUCAGAGUUCUGGGUCGAGUUCCAGUUCCGGCCCAUCUGGGUUCCAGUUCCUGAAUUCCCCUUUUGGUGACACUACCUACACCAAGGUCUUUGUUGGGGGGCUCGCAUGGGAGACUCACAGCGACACCAUGCGCCGCUAUUUCGAGCAGUUCGGAGAGAUUCUCGAGGCCGUUGUUAUUUCCGAUAAGAACACAGGCCGAUCCAAAGGCUAUGGCUUUGUGACUUUCCGAGAACCGGAGGCUGCUGCACGAGCCUGCGCCGAUCCAACUCCAGUUAUCGAUGGCAGGCGGGCAAAUUGUAAUCUGGCUUCACUCAGGCGGCCGAGGCCACCUAUGCAUUAUGGGCGCCCGAGGCCAGCUGCUCCAUACAUUGGAAGCAUGCAAGCUACCCGAGGGGCUUACAUUGGAGGAUAUGGCUACCAGCAACCUGUUCCUUACAACUAUCAACAAGGGCUAAUGUAUCCUAAUUAUGGGUUUGCAACUUAUGGACCUGAAUACACUUAUUCACAGGGUGUUUACAACCCCUAUGCGGGUCAGCAAUAUCUUCAGAUGUAUGGAGUUCCAGGGACGGUUAAUGCUGCUCUUUAUCCUUAUGGACAACUAGGUCAAACAGUACCUGGUGGUCAGGGUUAUCCUACAGUUCAUGGAUAUGCAAUGCCUGCUCAGCAGAUAGUCCAAUUUGGUGGACCCAGUGUUAAUGCAGUUACAACUGCCCCAGUGCCUCCAGUUCAAGCACCAUAUCCUACAGGUAUGGUAGCAAGUGUUGCGGCACAACCACAUUUUAUAGUUUCUGCUCCCCAAUAUAUGCAGGGUAGUGGUUCUGAGCAAACAGCUGGGUGAGGGGUUGAUUGAGGUAUCCUUAGAUUGCAGCAGGACUAAGAGCAGCAGAACUGCUACUUAAGUGGCGGGCUUCAGAUCUAGCCUUGCAAAUUUUAUUUUGCAUUCUAGAGGUCAUACAUAGUCAUGCUCACCAGAGAAAACAGAUGUCUGAGUCGCUCCAGAUGGCAGAGAAGGAUGGAGGAAACCUGCUGCUCUUCGUUGUAGGACGUUUAUCCUUGGUGCAUCUAAACCGUUUUACUUCCGUUACUCAAGAAAAGUGGCGGGGGGUGUCAUGGAUUGGAGGGUGCUGGAAUCGGGUUUCUAGCAGCCAUACAGGAAUAAAAAAAACUCUGUAAAAAGUCAUGUUAGAAUCAACAUAUGAUUCUUUUAUAUAGUCUUGUCCCAACAUUUUGGGUGUAUAUUCUCUGGUGUCGUGUGUUGGUUGGUCCAUAUUUCUAAUGUGGUUCAAGUGUUGUGCAUAAUAGUGCUAGGAUUUCCAUUGAAAACUAAAGCGCCAGUAGUUUAUAUAAUUUCGAGUGCCUGGCUUCACAAGGAGAGAAGCAUCAGGUGUAUUCUAUUUCUUUGGAAAGAAGAAUUUUUGUGUACUGAUAUAGUAAAACUUGUCUCGUCUAUUGAUAUUGAUCCUUCUGAUUUGAAGGAUGUGGAGUUUAUUAGUCAGUGGAAAGAUUU